AUGAGAAGACUGAACAAAAAGAAAGCUCUAACGCUGGUCAGAGAGUUGGACGCCUUCCCCAAAGUACCCGAGAGCUACGUGGAGUCGUCAGCCAGCGGCGGCACAGUGUCAAUAAUUGCGUUCAGUGCCAUGGCUGUGCUAGCCUUCCUGGAGUUUUUUGUCUAUAGGGACACUUGGAUGAAAUACGAGUACGAGGUUGACAAAGACUUUAGCAGUAAACUGAGGAUAAACAUCGACAUGACUGUAGCCAUGAGAUGCCAGUAUAUAGGAGCCGAUGUUCUGGAUUUAGCCGAGACCAUGGUUGCUUCUGAUGGCCUUAAGUACGAAGCGGUCAACUUUGAGCUGUCGCCACAGCAAAAAAUUUGGCACAUGACUCUUCUUCACAUCCAAGAGCGCCUACGAGUAGAACAUUCUUUGCAGGAUUUAAUCUUCAAGAGUGCCAUGAAAGGAUCUCUACCCGCUGAGUCCAGAAGUGUGGACAGCAGCACGUCUCUGAACGCCUGCCGCAUUCAUGGACAUCUCUAUGUCAACAAAGUGGCGGGAAACUUCCACAUCACUGUUGGAAAGUCCAUUCCUCAUCCACGAGGCCACGCCCACCUAGCGGCUCUCGUCAGCCAUGAUAGUUUUAACUUUUCCCACCGCAUUGAUCACUUGUCGUUCGGAGAAGACAUCCCGGGCGUCAUCAGCACGCUGGACGGCACAGAGAAAGUCACCACCGACGCCAACCACAUGUUCCAGUACUUCAUCACCAUCGUCCCCACCAAACUGAAUACGUACAACGUGGCGGCCGACAUGCAUCAGUAUUCGGUCACCGAGAGGGAACGCACCAUCAACCACGCGGCGGGCAGCCACGGUAUUUCGGGGAUUUUCAUGAAGUACGACAUGAGCUCCCUGAUGGUGAAAGUGAGCGAGCAGCACAUGCCGCUUUGGAAGUUUUUGGUACGGCUGUGCGGUAUCGUGGGAGGCAUCUUCUCCACCACAGGCAUGCUGCACAGCGUGAUGGGCUUCGUAGUGGACGUGGUCUGCUGUCGCUUUCAAAUGGGAAUCUAUAAACCCCUCAAGGACCACCCUAUGAAAAUGCAAGAGGAGCAAGCGGCGCCCCCUGCUGACAUCAACUUGAGUCAGCCAGUCAGCUGA